CUCAGUUCGUUUCUGAUUACAGGAGGCUAAGUACGUGUUGUCAUGGAGUGGACGGAGGAAAAUUGUUUACGCUUAAUUGAAACAUAUAAAAGAUUUCCAAUUUUGUGGGAUCCCAAAGAUCAAUAUUACUACAGAAAAAAUCUAAAAAAUGAUGCGUGGGAUAUCAUGGGAAGCGAUUAUGAACAAUGCCGUAGCAAACUGUUAAGUCUUUUAUCUUCUUUUAGAAGAGAGAAAGGAAAAAGUCAAAGAAGUAAAGGGACAGGGAAAGGUGCAUCCGAGACUUACAAAAGUAGAUGGUUUGCCUACGACGCUUUUUCCUUUUUAGCUGAUCGGGAUAAACCAAGGAAACGUUCAAAUACUGAACAAGCAGAUAUAGAACAAGAUAAAGUGGAUGAGGGACAGGUACAAGAUGAUGGAAUAAAUACUGACACUGAAAGCAACCUGUCUUUUAUUGAACCUCCGCCGUCCAAAAAGAAUAAAUCGACGGAUGAUAAAAUCGUAACUGAAGCCCUACAAGUUUUAAAGACUGCUACAGAAAAAUUGAGCGAUAAUUUUAAGUUGUCACAAGAAGUACAUUCAUUUAUAAAUUUUAUUGGACCCAAAAUGGAAUCUUAUUCACGUUCAACAAAAAAUAUGGUUCAACAGGCAAUAUUUGAUGUCAUAAUGAAAGCCGAUUCUGGGUACUAUAAUUAUCAACCAAAUAUGCAAGUGUCGACGCAAGUUUAUACAACUUAUUCUCAAAGUGCUUCUACGUCCAGACCGCACAGUCAGGAAAGUAAUUAUUCGGCAGAAGAUACGAAUGACAGUUUCGAUGAUUUGUUUCAAUAAUAAAUACUUUCUUUUUGUAAACUUAUAUGUUGCUUAUAAAAAAGGCUAUUUGAUUAUUAAAUAAAAAUAAUUGGAAAAAUACUCACACAUACGUUUUCCUUUAAACACUUGAUAAUCGCCAAACACACUUCAGGAAUAAUAAUACUUAUACUUUGCUUAGAAAUUCUAAAAAGGUACUGCAAGCUUGUGUAGGAAUCUCCAGUGAACAAGAAUCGUAAUGUCAAACUUAAUUUAUUUUCAACUGAAAUUGGUACUUAACCUAAAAUGCGUUUCCUUUUUAGCAAUCUUGAAACUAACCAUAUGUAGUAGAUUUUGAUAUAAUUCUGGUGACAAUUUAAAAAAAAUUGCAUAGUGUCCGCUUAAUUGAUGGCUUUUCAACUCCGCUACUAUAUUCUGUUUUCUUUAAAAAAAUAGGAUUUUGCCACCAACGCCGUUGUCUCUUUUUUUUUCCUUUUUAUCGUUGUUUAUUUUGUUUAAAACUAGGUUGUGGUUCACUAAUAUAAUAUAAAACGUUUGCUUCUUUGCAUGAUUUAAGGUAUGGAGUGAUUUUAAAAACAACACCAAAAAAAAGCUGCUCGCCUGCAUAGAGCAGUUAGUGGGACUGGUGGUGGAGCUGCUACUUAUUGUAAACUGACAGAUUUAGAACAAAGAGUUUUAAAUCUGAUCGGGGUGCAAGUAGCGAUGGGCUUGGCAGUGAGAGAGGCUGGUUUGUCACAGGUUUAAACUUCUUAUAUUACACUAGUAUGUGCCAACGUAGUACCUUCAAUAUCUCAUGGAGUUCCACAUCCAGAAAAGGACCUACUUGACUGCAGGAUCAAGGAAAAUUACAUCUUAGCAGACGAUGGUACAUUGUCAGACAGAGUAGACAUUUUACUAGGAAAUGAUUACUAUUACACGAUUAUGUCAACAAACAAGG